AAACAGUCUUAUCUACUCUGCUUGGGAGUACUACUACAACAUACAAUCAGAUACCCCUGCUGAGGUAUUUCCUAAAUAAUGAAAGAAUCUGUUACAUAAAAGAUUUAUUGCAGAGUAACGUAAACAUACGAUAAAAGUAUAAACAAUGUUAAUGAGGGUUCAAAAAUAUUCAAAUUGCUUUUAAGGAAAAUAGGUGUUUAUAGGUCACCAAUGAAUGGCUAAAGUGUAUAAGUGGUUGCAUACCUUGUGACUGUCGGUACUGACAGUUAACCUCGAAAUAUUAUUUGUAAACAUUUUUGAUGGCGAUUGGCGAUAUCCCAUCUGAGAAAACGUGUAUUAAAACUAAACUAUAACAUAUGUUGACGGCAAAUCUCUUAAACAUAAUAUAAACAUGAGUGCCUCAUUGGUUCGCAAAAGUUUACAGAUUGUUGAUCCAGAGUAUAAUAUAAACAAGCAAAGUAGGAAAAAGAAGAAAGAUGUUCUCAGUAUCGCCCCACAAAAUCAUAAAUUAACAAAAAAAUUUCAAAGGCGCGGUGCAAAGACAAUUAAAAUUGGACUCCUAUCAAGUGAGAAAAAACUAACAGUUGCUGAACUUAGAAAGCAACUGAAACCCAAGCAAGAAAUAUUGAAGGAGAACUUGAAGAAAUUGCAGCUGAUAAAGGAAGCUAGCAAAGUAGAAUUAGACAGAGAAACUGUAGCUAAGAUUGUUGAAAGAGCAGUUACAAAAAGGCCCAUUAAGAAGAGAUCUAAGAAGACCAAGAACCAGAAAACAGUAUUUACAGAAGAGGACUUUAAGACGUUUGAAGAAGAGUAUUUUGAUGAAUGAUGAUUCCAGACAGAGCUUUAGGAACAAUUCAAAUCACUCUGGCAUCAGGCAUAUUAUGUUAUUUAUUUUUCUUAUUGAUGGUUCUUCCAAUUCUUCCUAUUGAAGAAAAUUACUUUGAGAAGUAUACUCCUCCCGAGUAUAUAAUGCUAUUCAGUGGGAUAUUUGGAUUGAUAUUCAUAGGCAGUUUGUCAAUAUUCACGUUUAUUGUUAUGUAUAAACAUAAAACUAAAUACAAACUAAAAUGAAACA